GUCGUAGGUUGGCAUCACAGAGGAGCUUUCUCAUCUGGAAAGCACGUUGUGUAAUUCUUUCAGUGACCAGAAUAGGUGACAGAAUUAUACAUCAUUUACUUUAUAAAUUCGGCGUUUCUCUGUAAUACAUAGCCAUGCCUCCAAGAAAGGGAAAGGGUAAAAAAAAUGUGGAAGAUGUUGAAGAGAAGACUGGUGGUGAUGACACUGAGGUAAUAACCUCAAAAUCCUCCAAGGCAGUUUUCAAGAAAAAGCAAAAAGGAAAAAAAGAUGAUUGGAGUGAUGAAGAUGGUAAGUUGGAAGGUAAAUUAAACACUUUGUCAAAAGGAUCAGAUGACGAACAAAUUGUCGUUGUGAAACCAGUAAAAAAAGAGAAGAAAAAACCAAAAACCAAAAAGAAAAGUGAAAGUGAUGAGGAUUCUGAUGAUGAAGCUACCCAGAAGGAACCAGUGGAGAAGACUGGAGAUGCUGAUAAAACUAAUAGAGCAGCGAAAUCAAAGAAAAAAACAAAGGGCAAGGGCAAAAUAGAUGAAUGGAGUGAUGAUGAAGACAAAUUAGAUGAGAAGUUUAAGGAACUUGGUAGAGUGUCAGAUGAUGAGGUUCCUGUUUUGAAGCAAUCAAAGAAGGAUAAGAAAAAGCCAAAAGGUAGAAAGAAGGUUGAAAGUGAAGACGAAUCUGAUUUUGCUGGUGAAGAUGAAGAAGAUGAAGACCUUCCUGUUGUCACACAAAGAAAGAAGGAAAAGAAAAAAUCAAAAAAUAAAAAGGUUGAAAAUGAAUCAGAUCACGAAGUAGAUGAGAUUGAGGAUGAUCUUGUUAAUAAAGUAUCUAAAGUAGGACUUGAUAAGAAGAAAGACAAAAAGGGAACAAGAAUUGAUGUGAGUGAAAAGUACAAGAAUAAUAAAUUGAAAGAUAACAGAAAGGAACCUCCUGAGAAUAUUAACACUGGUGAUGAUUCUGACAAAGAGGAAGAGGAAUCUAGUGCUGCUGCAGAUGGUUCUACAGGUGCUAGUAAAAAGAAACUUACACAUAAAGAGAAGAAGAAGUUAAAGAAACAAAUGGAGUAUGAAAAGCAAGUUGAGACAUUAACAAAGAAAGGUGGGCAGGGUCACAGUGAGCUUGGUGAAAACUUCACAGUAUCUCAAAUGCAAAAGUCAGCUGGUCAGCUACAAGCUCUUGAACAUGCUGUAGAUAUUAAAGUGGAGAACUUCAGUAUAUCAGCAAAAGGCAAUGACCUGUUCGUCAAUGCUAGUCUUCUUAUUGCUAGUGGGCGUAGAUAUGGUCUUGUGGGACCAAAUGGCCAUGGCAAAACAACUCUGCUCCGUCAUAUUGCAUCACGGGCAUUUGCAAUCCCUCCAAACAUCGAUAUCCUCCACUGUGAGCAGGAGGUUGUCGCAGAUGAUACUCCAGCUGUAGAAGAAGUUUUGAAGGCUGAUGUGAAGCGAACAGCUCUUCUAGAAGAAUGCAAGAAACUUGAAGCUGAACAGGAGAAAGGAAAUAUGGAAGUUCAAGCUCGGUUGAAAGAGGUGUAUGAGGAAUUGAAGGCGAUUAAUGCUGAUUCUGCAGAACCACGUGCUCGGCGUAUCUUGGCUGGUUUAGGAUUUUCAAGAGAGAUGCAGAAUCGUGCCACCAAAAAUUUCUCUGGUGGCUGGCGAAUGAGGGUGUCUCUUGCUAAGGCUUUGUUCCUAGAACCAACCCUCCUGCUGUUGGAUGAACCUACCAACCAUCUUGAUCUUAAUGCUGUCAUCUGGCUAGAUAACUAUUUGCAGAGCUGGAAAAAGACCUUACUGAUUGUAUCUCAUGACCAGAGCUUCCUUGAUAAUGUCUGCAAUGAGAUAAUUCAUCUGGAUCAACAGAAAUUAUAUUACUAUAAAGGAAACUACAGUAUGUUUAAAAAGAUGUAUGUACAGAAGAGGAAAGAAAUGAUUAAAGAGUAUGAAAAGCAGGAGAAGAGAAUUAAGGAGUUGAAAGCACAUGGACAAUCCAAGAAGCAAGCUGAAAAGAAGCAAAAGGAAGUUCUUACAAGGAAGCAAGAGAAGAAUCGUAGUAAGGUUCAGAAAAGUGAAGAUGACCAGGGACCGACAGAGUUACUGCAGAAACCUCGGGAAUAUAUAGUCAAAUUUUCAUUUCCUGAUCCUCCACCACUGCAACCUCCAAUUCUGGGCUUGCAUAAUGUAACAUUUGCUUACCCGAGUCAGGAACCUUUGUUAAGGAACUGUGAUUUUGGCAUUGAUCUGAACUCAAGAGUGGCCAUCGUUGGACCAAAUGGUGUUGGAAAGUCAACAUUUCUCAAACUUUUGACAUCAGACUUGCAACCGCAACAGGGUGAUAUGAGGAAGAACUAUCGUUUGCGAAUUGGACGGUUUGAUCAGCAUUCUGGCGAACAUCUGACAGCUGAGGAGACACCAGCUGAGUACCUAAUGAGAUUAUUUGAUCUUCCAUAUGAAAAAGCAAGAAAGCAACUUGGAACUUUUGGUUUAGUCAGUUAUGCCCAUACUAUAAAGAUGAAGGAUCUCUCUGGAGGGCAGAAAGCUAGGGUUGCACUAGCUGAGUUAUGUCUCAAUGCACCAGAUGUUGUUAUUUUGGAUGAACCUACAAAUAACCUGGACAUAGAGUCAAUUGACGCUCUUGCAGAUGCCAUCAAUGAAUAUAAUGGAGGUGUGAUAAUAGUUUCCCACGAUGAGCGGCUGAUACGAGAAACUGAUUGCACAUUAUGGGUAAUAGAAGAGCAAAGCAUUAAUGAGGUAGAAGGAGACUUUGAUGCAUAUAGAAAAGAACUUCUGGACAGUUUGGGAGAAGUUAUCAACAGCCCAAGUAUAGCAGCCAACGCUGCUGUCAAACAAUAACUUCUAAUUUUCAACAGAGCCAAUAAAUCAUAUAGAACCAGAGAAACGUACUGUGUGUAUUAUUCAGUUUUUAUUGAUACUAGAGUCUGCUGUUUAAGAAUUUUUCAUAGACUACAAAUCCCCAUGUAACAUUGUGGUUAUUAAUACAGAAGAGACUCAGUAAUCAGGAUUAACUAGGAAUGGAAAUAUAAAUAAACAGAUAACAGGAAGUUCUGGGUUGUGGUUAAUUACAUUGCCGCUUACUUAUGUCUAUGUAGAGGGGCUUGCCAGGCUUAGAAUUUAAGUUUUCUGGAAUUUAUUGAAAUUUUAUUUUACAUACACCUUCCAGAAGUAGUCUCAAAAGAUUGUGCACUCUCAUGUCAUUAGUUUUCAUUAUUGAAAAAAAUGUUUCUUACAGCAGUCAUGAGAUGUUAAUUCUGUGCAUCAGACUUGUCAAAUCUCUUAAAACUCUAUUAUAGAAAUAUAUCACACCAUUAUAUAUGUAUUUUAUCAAAUUAUUUGUUGGAAAAAUUGAUAUAGUACAUGCCUGUGUUCAAUGAGAUAAAUGUGAGUUAUGUAAGACCUUGAUCUAAUUUGCCAGUCCUAUUUUGUCAUUGUUUUCUGUUACAAAUUUUUUUUUCAAAAUAUGUCAAAGGAUUUGGGUUUCUGUAUGCUGUGGAAUUCCUAAAAAUACAAAACCAUAUGGAAGACUUGA